GCCGCGGCCCCGGAAGUGUUUGUUCACGGUUAAAAGCCAGUUGACGUCGCGGGCUAACGUUAGCUGUCAGCCGGGUGCAGUCGGACUCAUUGUGCAGGGAUGGAGGUGACACGCAAGAAUUACAAAGACAGUUUAAAGACGGUGUACAGCGCGAUAGAGGAGGCUGACUUUCUUGCCAUCGAUGGAGAGUUUUCAGGGAUAAGCGAUGGUCCUAAUGUCAGUGCACUAACAAACGGACUGGACACACCGGAGGAGAGAUACACGAAGCUUAAAAAGCACUCCAUGGACUUCCUGCUGUUUCAGUUUGGAUUAUGUACAUUCAAGUACGACCAGGCAAAGUCGAAGUAUAUCACAAAGUCUUUUAACUUUUAUGUAUUCCCGAAACCCUUCAACAGGACGUCCCCUGACAUAAAGUUCAUCUGCCAAAGUUCCAGUAUUGACUUUCUGGCCAGUCAGGGGUUUGACUUCAACAAGGUGUUCUGUAAUGGAAUCCCAUACCUUAAUCAAGAAGAGGAAGCCCAGCUGAGGGAGCAGACAGAGGAGAGGAGAAAUCAACAUGCUAAUGGUAUAGGGACGCCAUCCUUCAUCUCUCCAUCCUCCAAAGGUCCUGCACACGUUCCAGAGGAACAUAAAGACUUCAUCAACAAAGUCAUACAGAAGGUGGAGGCCCUCUUCACCAACUCUGAAAAGACUGUGGAUUUGGAACCAUGCACAGGGUUUCAGAGAAAGCUGAUCUACCAGACCCUGAACUGGAAGUUUCCCAAGGGGCUUCAUGUGGAAACAGUGGAGACAGAAAAGAAGGAGCGCAUUAUUCAGGUCAGCAAAGUCAACGACGAGGAGAGGAAGAGGAGGGAGCAGCAGAGACUGGAGAGGGAGCAGGAGGAGCUAAAUGAUGCCGUUGGCUUCUCCAGAGUCAUCCACGCCAUCUCCAAAUCUGGUAAACUUGUGGUUGGCCAUAACAUGCUGUUGGAUGUGAUGCACACCAUCCACCAGUUCUACUGCCCUCUGCCUGAGGAUCUUCAAGACUUUAAAGAGGUCACGAUGUGUGUGUUUCCAAGACUUCUGGACACAAAGUUGAUGGCCUCUACUCAGCCUUUUAAGGAGCUAAUUAACAACACAUCCCUGGCAGAGUUGGAGAAGCAGCUCAAGGAGAGCCCCUUCAAGUCUCCACAUGUUGAAACGGCAGAGGAUUUCAAGAGUUAUGACACAGCCCAGGAACAGCUCCACGAAGCCGGCUACGAUGCCUACAUCACUGGCCUCUGUUUCAUAUCUAUGGCAAACUACCUGGGCUCUUUCUUGACUCCACCAAAAGCUUACAUCUCAGCACGCUCCAAACUAAUUGAGCCUUUCUUUAACAAGCUUUUCCUGAUGAGGAUUAUAGAUAUUCCCUACCUCAACAUCACAGGACCAGAUUUGCAACCUAAAAGAGACCAUGUCCUUUAUGUCACCUUCCCAAAAGAAUGGAAGACAAGUGACCUCUACCAGCUCUUCAGUGCCUUUGGAAACAUCCAGGUGUCAUGGAUCGAUGACACGUCAGCAUUUGUGUCUCUAAGUCAGACAGACCAGGUACAGAUAGCUAUGAACACCAGCCGCUAUGCAGAGAGUUACAGGAUCCAGACGUAUGCAGAGUACAUCCAGGGCAGACAGCAGAACAAGGAGAAGCUCGAUCAGACACCCAAAACAUGGGGAGAUGACAGCUGGGCCAAAUCUCACUACACCCCAUCCUCUACCUCUGGUUUUGGAUAUACAAGAGGUUUGAGGAAACGCAGCAUCAGUCCUGUUCAGGGAGAGCAGGGGACUGGAGAUGGGCUAAUUACAGACGGCUGGAGUCACUACUCAUACCCGGAUAACACGAGCAGCAAGAAGAUGAAAACUGAUGCCAAAAGCGAACAGGCAAAUGCUGAAGCUGUUGAGAGUAAAACCUCAGAGGGAUGGCUCAAGACGGCAGAUUCAUCACAUCCGGCAGGGUUAAGUCCGGUUCUUGAUGAGGAGGAGGAUCCUGAGAGCACAGGUGAUGCUGAUGGGAUGGUCACCUGGCAACAAACUUCAUUAACUGCCCAAGGGAGGAAAGGUCAAAAGAACAAGAAAAAGCAGACUGAAGCAGCGGAAUCUACAUCGUCACUAUUUGAAGUCCCAGAAGUCUGGUAGUGAGAGGUGGGGAGGUCGAUGUUCAACAGUGAGCGGCUGUCAUGAGUCUCUUCUUAAGCACUUUGUGCGCUCUCCUGUAAAGUUGUACUUCAGAGGGAGUGGUGCAUAUCCUGAAUUAAUUUGUUCACUCAGCAGCUGUGGACACCUAAGCUUCCAGCCAAGCUGUUUGGACUGUUGAGAGAGAACACAAGCCAUAAUGACAGCUGCCAUACUUUCAUUUUGUUACAGAGGAGCAGGAAACUCUUCUGGGUAACACAAAGACACACACACACACUUGCAUACACUUACACUCACAACUUCAAUCUUAAAAUCUGAAACUCAGCAAAUGUUCAUUUCUUCACUUUUUUCAGACUGGAAUCUGACGCCACAGCAGUGCUAUCACUUUGAAGUUAAUUUUGACAACACUGUCACCUCGAUCAGUCUUAAAUAUGUUGCGUGUGAGUUUGUGCAUGUACGGGAGAUGUUAUUUUUCCUCGAGGCUUUAUUUCCCUGUAAAUUAUUUUCUUGAAAGGUGACACAAAACCACCAACCAAUAGGUCCUGUUGAUUACAAUAUCUGGGUAAUUUAGUCUUUUAAUGCAGUCGGAUAUUUUUAAAAAGUACAUUCGGUCACCUUCCCCAGUUUUAGCCAACGUGUAUAAGCUUCUCAAUGACAAUUUGAUGUUUAUUAUUGGUGGCAUUUUGAUCCUUCAGGAGAGGUGCUUGUUUAUUGUACAGAAUUGGUUUCUUUACCUUUUUUGUGUUGAAUGUUUUGUAACCGUGUCAACAAGUAUGUCCUAAUGCAAAAUAUGUAAAAACGUUAAAAUGACGAAUGCAUUUUUGUAUAAGAAAACACUUAAAAUUCUUAGAUAUUUCCUUGGAAAGGGAGAAAAAAAUAAAAGAAUGUUUCUUAGUA